AUGGAUAACUAUCAAUAAUAGAACUAAAUAUAACAGCAAGCUCAUUACACAAACUUGCCAUCUCAGCAGAAUUUUGUCAUCAAGAGAUAAAUUUAUUGCUGUUGCUGCGUUGAGCUUAAAUAAUCUCCUUAUGCUAUUGGAAUUUUAGACAUUUUAUACUUCAUCGCUAUGAUAAUCAUUGCAGUAAAUCUAAAAUCAACCGAUGAAUAAAACAGUUUAGCUUUAGCUAAUCUACUUGCAGGAUCUCUUCCAAGAGUUCUCGCUUUUAUUUACUUUGCCAUUUACCCAACUUCUAUAAAGGCUCCUUCCAUACUCCUCUGGGUUAGAAUCGCUUCUUGCAUUCCAAUAACAGUCAUUUACAUUUAUUUUAGUGUCCUAAUUUUCAGCAUCCACACAAAUCCAGAUAAGCCUGAUGAAAGUGAUGGCUUGGUCUACUUUGUGAAAUACUUGCUGAUUACUAUUUAUGUUGUACCUCAAGCUAUCGCACUCUCUCUAGACUAUUACUACUGCUAUGUAUUAAAAAGACUCAGGAAUGAAGUAAUCUAAGAAAGAAUUCAACAGUCUGGACUAUCAUAAGGAUAAAUAUAAUCCUAACAUCAACAUCAGUAUUCAUCUUUAGGAAAUAAUAUUGUCUGA